UUCUCAUUUGCUUUAGCCUUGGUUUCGUUUCGGUCUUCAUUAUCUUGGACUCUGUGCUAAGUUACCAGAGCCACCUCCGCUAAUGGCGUAACGCUAAUCGCGCCCAUUUCCAUGUGCUUCAUUCACUCUCUUUCUCACAUAGUCGCUUCAAGUUCACCGAUUCCCUCUCCUUUCUCUCUCUAUCUCUGAAUUCAGUUGUAGAAAAUCAAGGGAAAUCCGAGAUCUCCACCUUCAAUUCGGCGGGAAGCUCUCUGUUUAGUUCAAUCUUCACCAAUGAAGGCUGCCAGCAAAGCUUCGAACCAUCUCGUCGCCUUUGAUCACAAGAGGGAUGCAUACGGAUUUGCUGUGAGACCUCAGCAUGUACAAAGAUACCGAGAGUAUGCCAAUAUCUACAAGGAGGAAGAGGAGGAGAGAUCAGAACGAUGGAAGUCCUUCCUGGAUCGUCAAGCAGAGUCUGCUCAGUCACUUGUUAAUGAGUCAUCAGAUACAAAGGCAUUGCAUGUAGAAGUUGUUAAGGAAGAGAUAGAUUCUAGUAUAGAGGAGGAUGGUAAAAGAGAAGAUCUAAAUAGCCAGAAUUCAGGUUUUGACGGCAAUAAUGUCCCUCAGAAUGAAAAUGGCUUAAAAAAUGAAGAUGGAUCAGCGAAGGAUACAAAAAUUCACAAGAUCCAGAUAUGGACUGAAAUUAGACCAUCACUUCGAGCAAUUGAAGAUAUGAUGAGUGUUCGUGUAAAGAAAAAGAAAGAUUUAUCAAAUCAUAAUCACGAUACUGGAACCAGAAAGUUGCUUUCUGCUAUAGAAGAGGCUAAAUCACCUCGUGGAGUGUCUGAGGAGGAAUCUGAGGAUGAGUUUUAUGAUGUGGAGAAGUCGGAUCCAGCACCGGAGUCUCCUUCAAGUGACAAUGUCAAUGGCCCUGUUAUGGGUAUUCCGGUAUUUUUGUUGCCUGUCGAAUCUUCGGGUCCUUGGAGGGAGGAGCUGGAGGUCCUUGUGAGAGGUGGAGUGCCAAUGGCUCUUCGGGGCGAGCUUUGGCAGGCUUUUGUGGGGGUUAGAGUGAGGAGGGUUGAAAAAUAUUACACAGAUCUCUUGGCCUCAGAUACAAAUUCUGAGAACAAUAUGGAAAGUCGUAGUCUUCAAUCAGACAGCAACAUCAAAGGGUCACCUACUGACUCUGUGUGUACAACUGAGAAAUGGAAAGGGCAAAUUGAAAAGGAUUUGCCUCGCACUUUUCCUGGUCAUCCAGCUUUGGAUGUAGAUGGUAGAAAUGCAUUAAGGCGUUUGUUGACUGCAUAUGCUCGACAUAAUCCCUCUGUUGGAUAUUGUCAGGCCAUGAAUUUCUUUGCUGGCUUAUUGUUGCUUCUCAUGCCUGAAGAAAAUGCUUUUUGGACCUUAAUGGGAAUUAUUGAUGACUACUUUGAUGGAUAUUACUCGGAAGAAAUGAUUGAAUCUCAAGUAGAUCAACUUGUAUUUGAGGAGUUGGUGCGUGAGAGAUUUCCUAAAAUGGUCAACCAUCUAGAUUACCUGGGAGUGCAGGUGGCAUGGGUUACUGGACCGUGGUUCCUAUCCAUAUUUAUGAACAUGCUGCCAUGGGAAAGUGUUCUUCGAGUUUGGGAUGUUCUUCUUUUUGAAGGAAACCGUGUGAUGCUUUUCAGAACAGCACUUGCACUGAUGGAGCUAUAUGGCCCUGCGUUGGUUACUACAAAGGACGCUGGAGAUGCUGUGACUUUGCUGCAGUCACUUGCUGGCUCAACAUUUGAUAGCAGCCAACUUGUAUUGACUGCUUGUAUGGGUUUCCAAAAUGUUAAUGAAACUCGAUUGAGAGAGCUGAGAACUAAACACAGACCAGCUGUAGUCACUGCUAUUGAAGAAAGAUCUAAGGGGCUUCAGGCUUGGAAGGAUUCUCAGGGUUUAGCUUCUAAGCUUUAUAGUUUUAAGCAUGAUUCAAAAUCAAUGAUAAUACAAACAAAGAAUAGUUCACAAGUAAAUGGUGAUUUGUCACGCUCAGAGUCUGGGUCCACCAAUGCUGAUGAAAUUCUUAUUUCAUUAACUGGGGAAGAUGAGAUUGAUUCUGUUCCCGAUCUGCAAGAUCAGGUAGUGUGGUUAAAGGUUGAGUUGUGUAAAUUGUUGGAGGAGAAGCGAUCUGCUAUUUUAAGAGCGGAGGAGCUGGAGACUGCUUUGAUGGAGAUGGUUAAGCAGGAUAAUCGUCGGCAAUUGAGUGCUAGGGUUGAGCAAUUGGAACAGGAAGCUGCUGAGCUUCAACAGGCUCUUGCCGAUAAACAGGAACAAGAAACUGCAAUGCUUCAGGUCUUGAUGAGGGUGGAACAAGAGCAAAGACUCACUGAGGAUGCUCGAAGAUUUGCUGAGCAAGACUCUGCAGCACAAAGAUAUGCAGCUCAAAUGCUUCAGGAAAAGUACGAACAAGCUACUAGUGCACUUGCUGAAAUGGAGAAGAGAGCAGUUAUGGCAGAAUCAAUGUUGGAGGCAACCUUGCAGUACCAAUCUGGCCAACUCAAAGCACAGCCUUCUCCCCGCUCUGUACAUUCUCCUAGAUCUUUGCCUUCUGACUCUUCAUUAAGGAGCAGUCAAGAGUCCGCACAGGAUUUCCCUACAAGAAAAAUAGGUUUGCUUGGUCGACCAUUUGGGUUUGGCUGGCGUGAUAAAAACAAGGGAAACCCAAAUGAUGGAAACAAGUCUACUGAAGAGGAAACUUCAAUCCAGAAAAAAACUACUGAAGAAGAGGCACAAAAUUCAGGCGUUGAUCAGAAACAAACCAAUGGCCUCCAUGACGAGACAAUAAUUGUAAAAUCUUUGUAUUAAAAAAUAUUGUCAUGCCAUCCUUUCCAAGUACGACUCCCAUUUUCAUAAAGACUUGAAAGUUCCCAAUCUUCCAGACAGAUUUCAUUUCAAAAUAGGUCAGACAGGUUAGGAACAUAGAUUGUCCACAAAAACCCGAAGACAUUAUUUAUUUGUUUAUUUUAGUACAAUUGGAGUCGGUAGAUCCGAACCUUUGUAACUGUUAAUAUAUGCAGCUAUCAAUUGAGCUAUACUCUUUAGCAAAAA